AUGGGUCGUAUGCACAGUAGUGGAAAAGGUAUCUCCUCCUCAGCUAUUCCUUACUCAAGAAAUGCUCCAGCAUGGUUCAAAUUAUCGUCCGAUGCUGUUGUUGAACAAAUCAUCAAAUACGCCAGAAAAGGUUUAACCCCAUCUCAAAUUGGUGUCAUUUUAAGAGAUGCUCAUGGUGUUUCUCAAACCAAAGUUAUCACCGGUAACAAAAUUUUAAGAAUUUUAAAAUCAAAUGGUUUAGCUCCAGAAAUUCCAGAAGAUUUAUACUACUUGAUUAAAAAAGCUGUUUCCGUCAGAAAACAUUUAGAAAAAAACAGAAAAGAUAAAGAUUCCAAAUUCAGAUUGAUUUUAAUUGAAUCAAGAAUCCACAGAUUGGCUCGUUACUACAGAACUGUCUCUGUUUUACCUCCAAACUGGAAAUACGAAUCUUCUACUGCCUCUGCUUUAGUCAAUUAG